UUAAUUAUUUUACAAUGAAAGUUGAUAACAAUAAUAGCGAAACUGUAGCGGGAACCUUUUUGACAUCACCUGCCAACAAAUCCACGGAUUUAUCAAAUCAUAAAGCUGAAGAUGGAAAUGGUUCAGAAAGAACUGAAAUCGUGAACAUUACACAUUCCUUUGCUGCAAUCACAACAUUUCAAGCUAUUUUUAUGUUAUUCUCUGCCUACCUUUUUGCAUCAUUAGUCACCUUUGAAUGGCGGCGUAAAACAAAAUGUGUCAAAACUUUGGCAAAAAAGAUUGUAUCUUUCACUGGUGCGAGAAACUAUAUGGCAUCUGGGAAGCUGCUGAGAUAUCUGUGUAUUGCUGGAUCGGUGUUCUGCUUUUUAACUUGUCUCAACGAUUUAAUUUUCUACAACCUUGAUUAUAAUACAGAUUUUGGAUGUACAGCAAUGCAAAUAAUUGGAGUUUCACUUCUGAUUGGACUCGACACUGUUGUGUACAUUUUCUUAUGGAUUCGACAAUAUGUUACUUGCCGAAGAUUUUUAGUACGAAACAGAGUUUUGUUUAUAUUCCUUACCAUCAUCAAAUGGUCGGUUCUUAUUCUCAUCAUAUUGCUAGCUGCUGUUAUGGAUUGUUUACUUAUAAUUUGUCGGCGACAUUAUUUCGACAACACGACCCAGACAUGUGAACAAUUUGAGCAUCCGGCAGACAGUGCAAUCACACAUUUAUGGACAGCUGGAAGCGUAUCUCUUCAAGUUAUUCUAGUAUUUCUCUUUGCAUUUCCCUUACUACAACAAUACGCUUUCAAUACUCCACUAAAACAAAGCGGCAAACCAGAACCUAUCAAAACAAAUGGAACAGCAGCUACGAGCCGUGGCCGCAUAAUGGCGCUAGUGCAGCGUUGUGUGAUCAUUGCUAGCCUGUGUGUGAUAACAGAUAUAGCAUGUAUGCUCGUGACUGAAUAUAAGUUGGUUGGAUCUCAAUAUCGACAACUGAGAGCUCUAUUAUACGAUGUUAACAUAAUUUUUAAUUUAGUAUUAAUAAUAAGAAGUUUUAAAGACUGGAAAAGUAUGAUAACGUUUGGGAAGUGUUUUAGAAAACAACAAAAUAUGCCCGCAUCUUCAAACGACAUGGGACUUUAAUGAUAUACGGAUAACAUUCAUUCAACACGCUUUUUCUAAUCAUGUUUGCUUCAUUUCAUCUUACUCUUUAUUUAUAACAUUAAAAACUUUUAAUAUGUGAUCGAACUAAGACAAAGAACCAGUAACAUGAAUGUUCGAAACGAUACCACACGUUUAGAAGUUAUAAUGAUCGACGUGAUUGCACCAAUUACUAUGGACUUCUAUAUAUUCAAGAUAAACUUAUGCGCAUGCAAAUUUCUCAAAGUUCUUAUGAUAAUUCGAACAAGGCUUUAAAUAUGUUCAAGGCUUUGAUACAUUGUUCCAGCUGAUGUUAUCGUAGAAAAUUUCUAAUAUUUAAUUUACCAAGAGUUUCAAAAUUAAACUGUCAUAAUUGUUGAUAUCUUAAUUGCUCUAUGUCAGAUGACGCAUAUUGAUUGUUAUAGAAUAAAAGUAGAGUCAUAUGAACUUGGACUCUUAGUUGAUUCUCGCCUUUUUUGAUUUGGUAGUUUCCAAGAAUGGAGUUUCGUUCAAUGAACGUUAGGAGCAAUUGUUUACCGUGCUUUUCACAAGUUCUGACAAAAACCAUGUUACAUUGUUUUCUUAUUUCUCCAGUUAUAUUUAUAUUGCUUUUUAUUUUAACUUCCUUGAUCAUAAACUCUUUAUUACUCACGCAAAUUUUUUAUAUUUGCCAUGUCUGUUAUUUUUAUUUUAUUACCUAUAAUUUUAGCAGUAAAUACAUCACAUCGUUUA